GUCCUAUUUCAAAAUGGCGGCAACCCGUCGCGGCUACAUAUUCGGUGCGUUCGUGUCGAGUGUUUUGUGUGUAAUUUUAAUAAUUGUGUCUAUAUCUAGUGACAGUUGGAUAGUAUCAACUACGUAUGCUGAUAACCAAAAUCAGGAUAGCAGUGUCAACUAUGGACUUUUCGGUGGUCAAUUCUUUCUAUAUAUAUUUGCGACACCUUCAUACAGUAAUCUUUAUAUGACAUGCAUACCGGACAUGAACGCAUGCGCAGUGAGCUGCAAAACAGAAAAAGAGGCGAGGCUUGAAGAGGUGCGCGCUUUAGCUCAAGGCUAUAGACCUAACCAAGCCUGUGUUUCAGUAACGACAGUCAACACAACAGACCCAUUACAAGAUCCGCCAGUAAUGUCGUUCGCUAUAUACGUGAGCACGCUCGUAAUGUUAUUCCUGCAGCUCGUACUGUCUCUGGUAGCAGCUGGGCUGGCGCUACUUAACGCUAUGAAAAAUCCUACAGAACCUGUAUUUGGAUUACCUGGUUGUGUUUGGACGAACGUAAUAACAGCUGUCCUUGGUCUAAUAGUGAUGAUGAUGUUUGGAAUAUACUGGGCCACGUCCGGUCUGAACGAACAUCUAGCCUUCUCCUAUAUAGCCUUAGGAGUCCUAGAACCUAAUCGAGGUCUAGGUCUUUCAUACUGGUUACUCAUAGGAUCGAUCUUAUGUUCGAUUGUAAAUGUUGAGUUAAUACAAUUGAGGCGAUACUUACUCGAAAGGGAUCCUCCACCACCUACCAUCAAAGUAGAAAACCAUUCGGACGGCACCAUAUUCCUGUAUUAAAAAUAUGCAGGAUUAGGAAAUAUUAAUUGCUGCUAAUUAUUUGAACGAGAAUACCAUCUGUUUUACAAACAAACAAGGUCGUAUAGCAU